AUGGCGGCCAGCAAAAGAAAGCAAGAUGAGAAACAUCUCAAAAUUUUACGUGAAAUGGUGGCUUUACCGCACAAUAAACACUGUUUUGAUUGUCACCAACGUGGACCUACGUAUGUCAAUAUGACAAUAGGAUCAUUUGUUUGCACAUCAUGUAGCGGAGUAUUACGAGGUUUAAAUCCCCCACAUCGGGUGAAGUCCAUUUCUAUGACAAGUUUCACACCAGAAGAGAUGGAGUUUCUUCGAUGCCAUGGAAAUGAUUUUAACCGAAAAGUAUAUUUAGGAUUAUUUGACUCACGAUCACAGACGGAGCCUGAUUCAAAAGACGAACAGAAAAUAAAAGAUUUUAUGGCACAAAAAUAUGAGAAAAAAAGAUGGCACGUGGCACCGACUCAAAGUAUGCAGGAAGAGGCGAAACGACUGAAUGACACGAGUGCCAACAAAAAACCAGAAACACGACCGCUAAAGUCAUUACUUGGAAAUAACAUACCAAAAUUUAAUGUUCCAUCACCAAACGAUCAGUCCAAAUCUCAAGUUCCAUCAAUGCCACAGCCACCAGGGCCAGCCUCGCGCCCCUCAGUUCCCCCCUCCAGUUCCCAGCCGACAUUUACGAUACCCCAAGGACCUGCCGCUGGCCGGGCGCCACUGACGAAACAGGAGAGUAAAUCGUCAUCCGUGUUUGACCUUUUAGGAGAUUUAGGUGGUGCCGAUCCAUUUGCUGCCCCGGCGGCUGCCCGACCUCAGCCCCAGGCACAAUUCAACACAGCAUCGCCGGACGAUGGAUUUGCAAAUUUUGAGUCGGCAUUUUCAAAUGAUUUUGCCUCAGCCGCACCAGCACCCACGUCUACACCCUUCUCCACCCCCGUGUCUCAGCAGUCGAGCUCGUUUGGGUCUUUCACGUCGGCCACCAUGCCCGGCACAGGAAGCACGAUGAUGUCACCAUCUACGGCAUCAACUCAGGCGCCGGCGCCGCCCACAUCUACGAUGUCGCAGGACGCGCAGGAUCGGUACGCAGCUUUAGCCAAUUUAGAUAGCGUGUUUGGAGGAGGAACUAGCGGAUCGCAUACAGUCUCAUGGGACGGCGGGCAAUCUGGUCAAUCAAGUUGGGCGGCAAGUUUUCCAAGUUCAACAACUGCGCAGGCUCCAGUGAAUAACUUCAAUGCUAAUAGUGCGUUUUCAAGUAGUACAGCAUCAAAUCCAUUUGGCAGCACUCCAGCGCCUCCUAGCUACAACCAAGUUCAGCAAAUGGCUGCGACGUCAACGAGUGCCAAUCCAUUCUUAGCCAGCAGUCAACAGCAGCCAGCAGGUGGCGGAUUUGCCCAGUUUGGCUCCCCGACGACGGCGCAGAGCAGUGGCUUCGGGAACUUCUCAGCAACUCCUGCUACAACGUCGAGUAAUUUUGGUAUGCAGAAUGGAGGUUUCACCACAAGUGGAUGGGGUCAGGCACCAGCACAGCCACAACAAAACCAAGCUUUCGGCCAACCAUUUGGACAAACGCAACCAGCCCAACAACAGUUUGGUCAACAGCCGUUUGGCCAGGGUCAAGGUCAGAUGAGUGCAUUUUCACAACCUGGCGCCUCCCAGCCAGGUUUUGGCAUGCAGAGUGGUGCUCAGUUUGGGAAACAAAGUUUUGGGAUGCAGCAGCAACAGCCAUUUGGUGCACCUCCUCAACAACAACAGAUGGGAGGUUGGGGUCAGCCUCCACCAGCCUCAAAUGCGAGUAACCCUUUUAUGAAUACCGGUGUACCGACUCAGCAAGGAAUUCCACCCAACUCGACAAACCCUUUCUUGUAGCUAGACGAGAGACUGAUUUAGGAACAAAUUUAUAAUUAAAAAUAUAGCGAUUAUGUAUAAAGAUUUAAUAUCAGUACGUGGACUCCUAUGGCAUGUAUUGAUGUAUCCCUUAACCCUUUAACUGUCUAAUUUGUUUUUCUGUUAACCAGGAACCGUGAAUUAUGGGGUAAAUAUUUCUUCCCUCAGUUAUACGAAGAGAUAACCCCAUAAAAUUAUUCAUUUCUGGAUAGCCCUUGGUCUAAGCUUUCUAAUGAUACCAAAUUUGCCACUGAAGGUCGUGCCCUUCAGGAUGACCUUGACCUUUGUUUGAGAUGGGGAAUGCAAAUUCAGAAGACAGGCACAUUUAUAUAUUGGUAUUUUUGCCUCUUCCGUGAACCCUUACAAGUGCCCUGUAAUGAUACGAGUUUGUCAAAAUAGAUUUUUUUUUAAAUUUCGGAGACGCCCGACCCCCCCAGCCACUUGUCCGACCCUUCCAACGGUCAAAAGUUGACGAGACGCGUGUUCAAAGCAUUCCUGCGUCAGCUUGAGCCUUGUACAUUAGAGCACAGUGUCGCCGCCUAUACGAUCAUCGAUGGAACUAGGCCUGCCCAUGUAUUAGGCAGUACAAUAGUACAUGUAAUUACCAAACGUACAGAUAUGUAUGUAUAAAGACGGUUAAAGGGUUAAUAAUGAGUAUAGAUUCUUUAAUUCAUACUUGUUUGUAGGCAAGACCUUUUUACAGGUUGGUGCUCGGAUUUUUUCAACAAAAUAUUUUAGAGAAAAUUUUUUCAAAAUAUUCUUUGGUCUCUUGCAAUAUGAAUGGUGUCUGCAAACCGGAGGGAGAAAUUAAAACAUUUCUUUGGAAAAUUCGAGGUGGGGAAACCAGGGCUGUCCGAGGAGUAAUAAUUUAUUUUUCAGUUUGGGUGUCUUUGCAAGUUUGUGGGGCUAACUAGUGCACCAACCACUAAAAAAGGCUUGCCUUAUCGGUGCAUGGUUGAACUGUUGCCAUUUUCGUGCAAAAAACUGGAAGUGUUUGAAUACGCUGUGGGUGAGUGGUGUGACGGGUAGCAGAGGCUUUCCAGUCGAUUUGCCAUAUGUCUUGAUGUGUAUGACUCAACUUUUCUUGUUAGAAACAAAAAUUCUAUUCUACAUUUCUGCCCAGGAAAACUGUCAACCUGGAAAUGUUUGCAUGCCUUUUAUUUUCUCAUUGACCGAUAAUUGUGCAAAUUUAUAUGGCCACGAAAAAGAAAAUUCCAAUUGAAAAUGCUGUCCUUGAUUAAAUGGUCGUCAAAAAUGCUUAGUUGAAGUACACCAAAGUUGCCAUCUCUUCUUCUUUUGCAUUGCGAAAUUUUGAGAUGCAUGCUCGACAGUCAGUCAAUUUUUGGUAACAAAGUCAGCUGUCCUAGAGAGUUCCACCACAGAGCCCUGGAGUUUUGUGGCCAGACUGGUGUCCUUUGGGUCAGUAUUCCUCUCUAUUCUUCAUUAGGGAGCUGAUCUGAAGCACUUGGGCUGGAGUCUGGUCUCCAGCCUCAACAUUCACAUUGAUCAGACUCUCGCAAGCCAAUUCUGUGAAUGUGUUUCCUAAGUCGGUAGCUUGCUAUAAACUUGCUGGUGUUGAAAGAUCCUGUGGACCCAACUUAAAAGCUUAUCCAAUGUUGACAACACAAGAGUUUCCCUGCAUCGAACAUUUUCUUGGCAUGCACUGUAAGUUAAUAGAUAGUAAGGAUUAACAUUGAAAUAGAAAUUUUUGCUGAUGAAGUUCGCCGUUACGCCGACCCAGAAAAUGUUUGGUGGUUUGAAAAGUUGUGUGGUUUAAUUUUUUUGGGUGCACUUUGUAUUUAUAAAUGAAAUAAUGUGCUACCAAGGUUAUUUUUCAAAUGAUGCUAGAAUAUUAAGUUUACUCAUGAAAACCCAUUGUACCUCUCUUACUUCAAUGUAUACCUCUUUACAGUUCAUUUGGAGGUUAAUGUUCUCACAGCAUUUGACUCAUACCCCCUUUACUAUUAUUAUAGUUUUUGGCUUAUGGAAUUACUACUUCACUGGAGGUAUUCGGCGUCUUACCCAAACUGCAAUUGGAGCUAAAAUGUAGACCAAAACCUGGGCAGAGUGGCCAACACUUUAGCUCCACCCUUGCAGUUUUGGUUGGAAAAUCAAUACCAACAGUGAUGUACAUGUAUCAAUUUCUAUUCUAAAAUAUCUCAAAUUAAACAAAAUAAAAUGUGGUUUUAAAUGCUUUUUGACAGCUUCCACAUUUUGCACGUACCCAAGCGGUUAUGGUUGCCUAACCAUAACCGCUGAAUUCAAAACGAUCAGCUUCGUUUGCGCAUAGUGCAUUUUUACAGUGUAAAGUGCAGUUCGUUCUAAAUCCAGGUAUUUUAGAAUAGAAAAUUACCCCUUUUCAAGCACCUUCAGCCCCACUGAACUCCCCUUAUGCAUGUAAAAUGGAUGUGUCGAUUGCUGUGACCUGCCAUAAUUACCAAACCCUGCAAUGACCACUUUAUCCCGUAGACAGCAAUUAUUUCUGUUGCACAUCAUGGUGAUAUUCGUCACAGGUCCCAGAAAUAAAAAAAUCUCUCAUUUGCGGGGACACCGCAAUCAGAUUAGAUACUUCAACCUGAUCAUCGCAGAAAUGUAUCAACAAGAUGAAGUUGGGUUGUUGGAGCCAACCAACCAGAGUAUGCCAUAAGAUGCUGAUGCUGGUGCGAACAUUUACCUUUAAAUGAUCUUCUGUUCAUUACAUUCAAUUCAUAGCUUGCCAUCUUUGAUUCUGUAAACUGUCAAAUUGUUGCACCUUUUUAUAUUUGUGAUUUGUGAACAUUUGUAAAAAAUAACAAAAAUCACAAUUUAUAUUUUGGGCAUAUUUCUAAAUUUCAUUCGUUUUUUUUUUGUUAAAAUUGUUUUUGCAAUGUUCAUUUUUGAAUAACUGUGAGAUAGGAAAAAAGCGAAUAUUUGGCAUUUUACAGUAACCAGUUUUAUUAAUUUUGCAUGCUGAUAUACUUUUGUUUGUGCUGUGAUAUAUAGUUGGGUAGAGGAAUGCGAGGAGGUUGAAAAGUUUCGGGAAAAAGAUCAGUUACAGAGUUUGCACAAUUUGACAAAACAACUGCUAGUACAGUGGAACCUCCCUUAGCGGACACCUCUCUAUAAAGGACAACCUCUCUAUUAAGGACACUAGUUUUGGUCCCAAAUUUGUUGUUUCCAUUCAAUUUGACCUCUCUAAUCAGGACACCUCUCUAUUACGGACAUUACUUGUCAGUCCCGUGGGUGUCCUUAAUAGAGAGGUUUUACUGUAGUUCCUUGUGAGUCUCUCACUCUUAGUGAUUUCAGAGAGGUGGGGUAGUGGGAAAUUAUUACUGAUACUGUAAAUCAUGAAAUUUUUGCAGCAUAAAAUGUUCACAUGUCUUCACUUAGAUUUCAAUAUCGUCAAAUUGUGCAAAUUCUUUAAACUGUAUUUCACAAUUUUCUUUGUUUUUUUACUUAUUCUUAUUUUAAAUGCAAUGGACAUAGUUAAUUUGAAAUGCAAUGGACAUAGUUAAUUUGAAACACUAGGAAGUUUUAGUUUAAAGUCAAUCUAUCCCGAUUGAUUAUAUAAUUUUUGUGUACAAAUUUUAAAACUAAACAUGGAGUUCGAUUUCUACCUGCCUCUAGUCUAGGGUGAUGCCUUGGACUUACUGUAAAAGCCAUUUCUCCUUUUGUAUUGUAUCAUUCUUGCAAGUGGGGUUGAAAAGGAGACAAAAGAUAGUGCUAAAAAUAACCUCAUCCAAAUUACAGGGUGAUUAUGGCCCCAAACUCUGGCUCUGCAGGCCACUUUUAGGCUUAUAACUUGAACUAGACAUUGUGAAUAUAACUGUAUUAUUUCACCAUAAUCAUAUUUGAAGCAGCCCUUGUCGGUAGAUACUUAGUUGACAUGUUUUAACUGGUUGAGAUGCAUCUGUUACACAUACUAGGCCUUUUACAGAUGAAUUGCCCUAUUGUACCAGCGUCUCCCAACCCACUUAAACUCGUCAACAUAAUGAUUAGUUGGCCUAUUUCAGAUUUUUGACAAGUGAGAAAGUCGCUGUCGGUGUGGUGGUUUUGACCUUGAGCAAAAAAUAUCCUCUUCCAAAAAUAAGCUUGAUAUAAAACUUAUUCUUACAGUUUUGCAAUAAGGUAGAAUGGGGUAAUUGUAGCCGCUGCCUAUGAUAUUGAUUGAUAUCCCCAUGCAUCAAACAAUGCAGGGGCUACAAAUAAACCGGGGCUACAAUUACCCCAUUCUACCCUACAUGUACAUGUAUGUCUGCCACAGAGAAAUUAACAGCCUGAAUAUGUAUUCAUCUGUCCAUGCCUUUUAGGAGAAGAAUUCAUGUGUCUAAACCUAUGAUGAGGAGAAUGCAUGUGUCUAUACCUAUUAUGAGAAGAAUUCAUGUGUCUAUACCUUUUAUGAGGAGAACGUGUCCAAGAAAAAUGACAGUCGCAUCUAUCUUUAAACAGUGCAUCGCUAGUGUAUUUUGGGGGCGGGGACUUGGUUUUCUAACUUCCCUGGAAUCGGCCCUAGGGUGUUAUUAACAAUUGUGACAAAAUGUGAUCUGCUCUGGCAAAAGAUAGCACUUGUCACAUUACAUGUGAAAAAAGAAUACAUCAGGAAAGUGGAAACUUGAUAGGAUGUGUGAAGAAGUAUCUGAAUCAUCUCUCAAGCGAAUGUCAUAUGGCAUACAUCUUGAUUUUGUCUGGGUAUUUCCCUCAAUAAGUCAAUGGUAUUGCCAUGAUAAAUUCUUUUAUUGAAAAAAAACCUUGUAAACAUGAAAGAAGUGGUUUAUUGUGUGCAAAAACUUUCCACAUUUGCGUGACGUUACAGGAAAAAAUAGUGUAUGUGCAACUCCCUCCGGGAAGUAAGGAAUUGCGGCAUCAUUCUUGGGGUAUUACUAUCAUUUGAGUUCAAAAUGGGGCAAUUUAUACGUUACAGCUAGCAACAAAUUAUUUUGCACCCUGAGCCAUUCCUAGAACAAUCUAAUCGAGAUCACCCCCAAAGGUUUAGGGAGUUGUGGUAGCAACCAAGCUUUUGAAGUGAAAUCUUUGUGGGAAAUGUGGCAAUAUCACCAUAUAAUGUUUUGCAUCUGAUGACGAGGGUGUUUUGAUUGUUGAUUGAUCAAGGUUUCUCAUGAGAACUUCGUUUGAUCAGAUAUUAACCCCUUAGGUUUUGUGUACAUGUAGCUCUCGAGGUCUAUCUUAUCCCAGGCGCAUACUUUAGCCAGAGUAGGUAAUAAAUAGUUACGGUACUGUCAUGUGUCAACUUGAUCGUGUUGUGGGUUAGCGUUCUCAGGCUUGAGGAGGAGUUGCGAGACUAACUGACACCAUCACUAAAUGUGGUCUCAGACUUCCUGUGUAGUGCAUAAGGCCUGAAGAUAGCAGAAUACAUCAAUCAAUUGGGGAUCAUUCAGCACCCAAUCAAUUCAUGUACACAAUCAUCUCAGACAAAACAUAUGAAGAAUUGCCAGUGGGUCGCACGUGUAUUAAUCGAUUGGGAUCGAGUGAUCACUAGUUGGUAGAUUGCUUCUGGUAUUUUUCCAUUGCCUGUGUAUAGCGCUCGGGUCUGGACUUGUCAGAAAAUUAUUAAGUAUUCUGCCGAAUGUUUUUAUACCUUUUUGAAUGUAUUGCUGUGUUGCCAUCUCCAGGGGAACUGUGUCACUAGUGACAGCAGUCAGUAUUUCUUGCAACUCCUCUUGAAAUAUGUGUUGAGUUUGUGGGUAUUUAGUUAAAAGGAAAGCUCACGAGAUAAAGCUGGGUUGGCUCGAAUGUCCUUAAAAUAGUUCCUGUACAGAGGAAGUGUGCACAAACAGGUAGCUGUUUUUGUGCAUCUUCUGGUGAGCCAAGAAGUACUUCAAUACAGGAUAUUUGUAAACUCUAUAAGUGCUAGCACAGCAUUAUUUUGGGACACUCCACUUUUGAUAAAAAGAAAACUUGAAAGUCUUUUAUAAUUUCAAAUUUCAUAGUAGUAUUCCCUCAAAUGCUUCGACCAGUAUUAUGUGCAUUAUUUCCAAAAAAAUUGCGGCUUGAGGUUAAACUGCACAUUUGUAAAAAAAUAUCAAUGUUUCGUCAUUUUCUGUUGGUGUCCCUGUCUGAAGUGUACUGAUUAGUUUCCCAACCUGUCACUAGGUGGUGGUAGUGGUGUGUGAUAAGCACUUCGGAGAGAACGUGAUCAUCACGUUGACCUUAAUGCUAACAUUAACACUAUGAAAUAUAAAAUACUGUAAUAAUUAUUAGCAUGAACAUGAUUCCAAUAUACCCGUCAUGAUCAACAUUCGUGAUAUUUUCCAGUGCUUCAAAUUAUUCGCUAGUGUGCAGCCCUGUGGUGGUUAAAAAGUCGCAUCAUUGAGCCACAGAUGGCCGCAUCUUGAAUGUGUAGUUUUCAAUUACAUUUUGUCUGAAUAUGUGGUUGUGAAAAUCUCUCAAGUGUCUUGAGAAUUCACCGCCAUUUCCUCUCGAAGGGGCCACAUCCUCGGUCUUAUUUAUGAAAUGAGAAGCAUUUUAUAUCAUGAGAGUAAAACAGUGGCAGUGAUUUCUUUAGUGAGGCUGAAUUUUUGCCUGCUGCCUGUCAGAUUGUCACUAACUGAUGUACAACAGCCCUGGUAUUUGCAUUGUCUAUUGUGCUUAGCUUGCGAGAUCAGCUUAAAAUACAAGCACUGUGAAAAUUUCAGGAAUGGUUUAUACAUGUACCACUGCAAUUUCCUAGUGACAGAAUGGAGAACUAUUAUAGGAAAGGUGUACAGCUCGAAAAGUUUGAACUUUUUUGAGGUCUUUUAUAUAAACAUGAUGUAUAUACCUGAAUCUCAAUUAAUACGAGAUUUGUAUCAAUAUUAAUAAGUAUCAAACUAUUCUAAGUUCUGGUCUUGAGCAUACAUGUAUGUUCUUACAGAAUUUCAUAACUGUUAUGCUAUUAAGCCACGGUUAAUAUGUUAUUCAUGAACUAUCAGGUGUAAUAGUGCUCCCAAUCAGACUGAAAAUGGCUCAGAAAGUACAACAGAACCUCUCGUUUAAGGACACCCUUAGGACUGACACAAGAUGUGCUUAAUGGAGAGGUGUUCUGAUUACAGAGGUCUAAUUGAAUGGAAUUGACCAACUAGGCACCAAAUCCAGUGUCCAUAGUAGAGAGGUUAUCCUUAAGAGAUAGGUGUUCUCUAUCGGAGGUUAACUGUAUGUCACCACACCCAGAAUAAGACUUGGACCAAUUUGGCGUCAAGUCUCUGUCGCACAAUGCAGAAAUUGUAUGAAAAUAAGGGUAUUACCCGUGAUUGUUAGGUUAUGAAUGUGGUGCUGUCGUGCAUCCAAAUCUACCUGGGCGUACCCAACGUUGUUUCAUCUUUCUCCAGGCUUCUUCUGGUGGAAUAAAAAUGGAGAAGAAAAAACCAUAGGCUGUCAUGUCAUGUGCUUUGACUUCCAAAUUUAUAACCUCACCACUUACUUGGCGUUAUCACUGUCCUUAAUACCUUGUCUCGUUCAGUGGCAUAGUGGCCUGUUUAAUCGCAAGGGGGCGCUACGAGUCGAACGUCUUCUACGUCCGUGGAGGGAAAUUUUGCAAUGUUGUUCUUGACAUCACGUCAUUUGUAGCUAAAAAGGAGCAAUUCAUAUGUCACGACUGUGGCUUAUUUUCAAUCCCUCAGCACACGGCCUGAGAUUCCCCGCUGUGGUUUUGGAAGUUGUGUUGGACUUUUGAGGUGAAAUCUUCGGGAAAUGCAUGAUUAGUCAGUCCCACAUACACACUGUUGCUGACAAGUUGACUUGCCUUACAUGUAAACCCCUUUGUCAAGCUUAUUUGCACUGGGGAGGGGUUGGGGCGGUAAGGUGUUUUUCCUGCUUUUGAAGUAUGUUCUAUCAGACUAUUGUCUGUGACAGUGUACACAGGACCAUUGGCUAUAAAAUAUUUUUUCUCAUCGAACUUUGGUGAUCUGGACAGCUUGUAUUUGCAAUCCUUUUACCGAAAUCCAGAUAAUUGUAAUUUUCUCAUUUCCUUGCCUUUAGCUUUUUGAGGGGGUGGUUCCUGAUCAUCUUGUUUACAGAUGGCUAAUCUGAUUUUCAGUAUUGCCAGAAAAAUUAUGGUUCGGCAUGAAUGUGACACAGAAUCUUAAUUCUGGAUGAAAAAGAUUAGGCCCUGAAUGACCUAAAGAGGUAGUAUGGUUUCCGAUGAUAACAUACCAUCAAAUCAAACCUGUUUACCAAUCAGAAAAGAGAAUGCGGUCAAAGCCAACCUGUAAUGUGUGGCAAUAACAAUCCCUGAUAAGCCCUAUCUAGAGACCAUCA